AUGAUAGAAGAAAUUAAUAAAUUAGAAUUUGAGAAAAAUCUGAAGAAUAAUGAAGAGGAAGAUAAAAUUUUGGGUAUUGAAAUAGAAGAUGAUAUAGAAUUGGAUGUUGAAGAUGAAGUAAAUAAUUCUGAAAUUGAAGAAUCUGAAGAUGAACAUAUGGAAAUCUCAUUUAAAUUAGUAAUUAGAAGAGAGGGUAAAAACAGUGCAGCAAAAUGGGAAACUAUUUAUCAAACAAAUUUUGAUAAUUUCAUGAAAGAUCUAUACCUUUUGAUACAAGAUCAAGUAGAUGAACUUGUGCUUUCUAAUAAUUGU